GGAUCAUCUCCUUUGCCAUCUCAGAUCCAUCCUCAACACAAUAACAUUUACAGUUCUUUCUGUAAAUGAUAAAUCUAUCAAUAUUUCAUUUUUAUCUCCUCUUUCUCCCUUCAAUUUCAUUGCCGAGUGGCUAUGAAUAGAAUUAGGCCGGAGUACAUGAGGCAGAGUAGUUCGGGGGGGACGCCGGGAUCACCGACGGCUUCCCCACUAACCCGCCACAUGCGGUCAGGAUCAAUGAAUGUUGGACAGAUGAGAAAGACGCAAACGAAAGCCGCGGCUCAGAGGCUUGCAGCUGUCAUGGCGCAGCAAAAUGAUGAAGAUGACGACGGUGAUGAACUUGCCUCCGACCAUAACGUCAGUGGCGCCGGGAGUUUCGGACGUGGCAGUGCUAGAGCAAUUCGUCCGCGCUCUCCUAUGACCAAAAACAUAGGUCAAAAGCAUAUGCCUCUGGUGAUGGCCCAACAGCAAUCAGAUGAGAACUGUGAUGAGGAUGACCUUUUAGUGAGUGGCCCUGCAAGCAUUGGGCUUAGUGGAAGGGCAGUGCGGCCACGGUCCCCUAUGACAAAAAACCCAGUUCAAAAGCACAUGCCACAAGUGAUGACACAACAACGGGCUGAUGAGGAUACUGACGAGGACGAUCUAUUUGUAAGUGGUAAACCAACCAUUGGGCUAGCUGGAGGAAGAUCAAUGCGUGCACGUUCUCCUAUGGUAAUGCCAGAGCGACCAGGUGAUGAGGACAAUGCUGAGGAUGAUCCUUCACAUGAUAAUUGUUCAUUGGGUGGCAUGGCAAGCAUUGGGCGUGCUAGUGGAAAGACAAGACUGCCAUCCUAUGUGUCAGCUCGUACCAGUCAAGAACAACCCCCAUAUUCACGUUCCGCAUCUGGUGCUCGAUUUUCUUCAUCUGUGAACUCAGUGGAACAACCAUUGUUGGAUCACUCAGCUCCAGCUUGGAAGAACUCCAACACUGUAGAGCAACCAUUAUCUGCUUUUUCCACUCCAGCUGGACAAAAAACUCCGUCCCAUUCUAUUGAACAACCCCUGUCUACACAGAGUGCAGUAGCUGGUCAGUCAACUCAAAUAAAUUCUGUAGAACAACCUUCAUCUGCUCGUUUUAUGGUUGCCAGUCAUCCAAAUUUAAAAGUCAAGACAGUUCCUAUGGUUCCUGCUAGUGUGCCUAUAUCACUCAAGCACACAUCAACUGUAAAUCCAUCGGAGAUCCUGAAUGAGCGGAGAGAUAAAAGAUUAUCUGUAGAUCUUUGGAAUAUGAGCUACUUAAAAGAAAGAGGGAGUCAGAAUUCUACUUCUACUCUGCAAGAUGAGCUUGAUAUGCUACAGGAGGAAAAUGAAAGUUUACUUGAAAAGUUGAGACUUGUAGAGGAGAGAUGUGAGGAAGCAGAAGCAAGGGCUCGACAGCUUGAGAAACAGGUGGCUACUCUUGGAGAAGGUGUAACUUUAGAAGCACGCCUUUUGAGCAGAAAGGAGGCUGCCUUGCAGCAAAGAGAGGCUGCUCUGCGGGUUGCAGCACAAAAUUCUUGUGUACCUGAUUCUGAAGAAAUUGACAACCUCCGUACAGAAGUUGAGACUGCAAGAGAUGAAGCAAUAUCUGCUUUAGAGCAGCUCCAUGAAGCUGAAUGUGAAGUCAAAUCACUUCGGCAUCUGAAUCAGAGAAUGAAACUGAGUCAGGAAGAGAUGGAAGAGGUUAUUUUAAAGAGAUGCUGGCUCACUCAUUAUUGGAGUUUAUGUCUUCGGCACGGUGUUCACAUGGAUAUUGCUGCAGCAAGGUUUGAAUAUUGGUCAUCUAUGGCACCUCUUGCUGAUGAAAUUGUAUUAGAUGCUGGACAAAGGGCCAAAGAGGAUAAAUUGUCAUCCAAUAAUGAACCAUCUGGAGAGGAAAAUGUUGAAAGCAUGCUUAUAGUUGAUAAAGGUCUGAGAGAGCUGGCAUCAUUAAAGGUAGAGGAUGCAGUUGCACUUGCAAUGGCUCAAAAUCGUCAUUCAAAUUCUAUAAAAUUUGAUGAUGUGAAACUACCAACUGAGGGUCAGUUUGAAGCAUUUGAAUUGAGCCAAGAGGAGACAGAGGAUGUACGUUUUAAGCAAGGUUGGCUUACAUAUUUUUGGAGAAGAGCAAAGAUGCAUGGCAUAGAACCUGACAUUGUUGAUGAGCGUUUACAGUUCUGGAUCAACCAGAGUUCUCGAUCUUCCUCUUCACAUGAUGCAGUUGAAGUUGAGCGCGGUCUCAUGGAGCUGAGGAAGUUGAAUCUAGAGUAUGAGUUAUGGCAAAAAUCUCGCCAGGGGCUCGAGCUAGAAUUGAAUGCCACCAAAUCACAGACUGAUUCAGAUUUCUAAUGCAGUGUUCAGAAUACCUCAUAUAUUUAGAGUCGGAUAAUAUCUCUUCUACAUAUUCAUCACAAAAUUACAUGACGGAGCUUUGGUUAAAGGCCCAAACUUUUUGUAUCCUAUGGUAAACUUUAUUAUUCCACAGGUUCUCGGACUCCUGUGGAAAACGAUUCUUUAGGUGGAAAAAAAUCCCUUUUUCUUUUUUGGGGUAUUGAAAGGGCUGUUUGGUCCAGAAAACGAAAGAAGGGUUUAACAUGCACAAUCUCUACCACUCAGAAAGAAGAUUGUUCUUUCGGUUUUAUUUUUCUCAGUUCUGUUUUAUGGGUACUAUUUCAUUGGGAAAUAAAAAAACUCCUAUGGC